CCUCGAUACCUACAGGACGGAGAUCUGAAAGACUUUGCGAGGCAGAAUGACGGGAGUGGAAAAGCACGUGAUUCUUCGUGGUCUUCUGCCACUGGUGAUUCUGGCGACCUUGGGCGACGCCCAGGCCCAGUUCCGGUGCCCGGAGCCCAAGGGCUUCUUCCCCGAUCCGGAACAGUGCGAUCUUUAUUACGCCUGCGCGGACGGCCAGCCCGAGGAGAAGCUGUGCAAGGACGGACUCGUCUUCAGGGAUGACAACCCCAAGAAGGAACUCUGCGACAUACCGGCGAACGUGCCCUGCGGCGACCGCACGCUUUUGCAGGAGCCGCAGCCUAGCAAGGGGUGCCCGCGCGCGAACGGCAUCUUCAGCCACGAGGACGCGGCCGCGUGCGACCGUUUCGUCAACUGUAUCGACGGGGUGGUGCAGGUGGUGCCCUGUCCACCCGGGCUGAUCUACGAACCUAAGAUGUCGAGCUGCGUCUGGCCGGCGGACGCUAGUCGUCCGUGCGAGAAUAUGAAGCGCGACGUCCUGGACGACGGCUUCGUGUGCCCGGACGGCGAUGUCGCCGGCCCCUCCGGCAGCAUCCUGCCGCACCCCACGUACCCACAUUCUGAGGACUGCGCCAAGUUCUACAUCUGCAAGAACGGCGUAGUGCCGCAGAAGGGCCAAUGCGAACCCGGUACUGUGUACAACGAGGAGAGCUUCAGGUGCACCGAGCCGGAAUACGUGCAGGGAUGCGAGGACUAUUACAAGCACAAGAACUGAUUGCGAGUUGGAGAACCGAGGGGUGGCGCAGUUAACCGCAGCUACGUGUGUAAUGCUCAUCAUUUUACUCAUAGGAACAAUAAAUGCAUGUGAUAUGCACGCUUACGUAAAAGUCGCUGCGUGAUCUUUGCGAGAGCAAUCGCGCUUUCGCCCUCCUUGUGACGAAUUACUACCCCUUUCUCCUUUUACGUAAACAAAUUCGCCUUCGGAAAAUCCGUAAUAAAGCCGUCGUCGGUCGCGGCUCAUUAACCCGCGACAAGAAAAUCCCGCGCGGUCC